UUCGAAAUCACACGAAUCUCAAGAUGGUUUGCUGUUCAGCCUGGAAGACGGAGGAUCGGAGAAUAAAGAAACCGUACUUGGGCGGAUGGAGGCACAAAAUCACUAAAUUAGAAUAUUUAAAUGCGGAAUCUCAAACGGGGCCGUUGAGGAUGCCGAAAAAAAACACUUGCAGUAGAAUGGUGCAAUAUAUUGCAACGGUAGAGGUAUCCACGCAGACACCGUGUCGUCAUCCAACACAAAUGUGGCGACCAGAUUGUUUUAUAUCAAGCGCGUCAGAUAAAUAUUUGACGUCCAAACCUUAUGAAACGUACGAAGAAAUGAUGCUGCGAUUAGAUUACGAUGGAAAAGCGAGAAUUAUUCAGAGAAAUUAUAGAUGGUACAUAUUGUUGAAGAACAUUAGGAAAUAUGCUAAACAGUAUCGGGAACUGGUCGAGGAUUGCAGGAUGUACGAGCUAGAAAAAUCGUUAAUUUAUAGGAAAAGACAUCAGCAACAAAUUUUAAGGCGAAUCAAUCCAAAAUCUCAACUAGACUUCGACAUGUUGUACGAUCUGGUCGAGAAGUGGAGACUCGAUCGUCUCGAGUGCACGAAGAAACGUUUCUUCAGAGCUGCCAGAAGCGCAGAAAGUUACGUGAUCUUAGACAAAACGGUAGAAAUGUUCAGAGUGAUCGAUCAAAAGCGACAGGAAGUAAAGAGAAGAUACAGGAACAAAAAACGCGUGAGAUUUAUCACGAUUAACUGUAAACCCAUUACUUGGCACGGUUACAAAGACAAGCUAGUGCAAGUGGACACCAUGAGGAAUCAGAAAGCACGAGAAUUAAAAAUGAUCUACGAUUCGUUGAUGAAAUACAACGUCACUCGAGGAGAACGUAUAGAGAUCCUGGCAAUGCUGAAGAAAUCUUUGGAAGUGCACAAUUGUGUUGCUGCAAUAAAUCUCAUUCGACAUUUGGACCAGGAGUUAGCCUAUUUAACGAGAGGCAUGAGAGGCAUGUCGCUGGAUUACUUUCGGGGAAGAAUACUGUAUGAUUAUUUGUACUUUGUACGAUCGUCACAUUCUUGUUGUUGCGUUGAUGAUGAUGAACAUUUCUGCAAGAAUGUGGAUGAUGAGAAAUUACGAGAACCUGUGGAGAAGAACACGAAAGUAUGUCGCAGUUGCUCGAGAUUGCUACCCAGUCACAAAUUCACGGUUCAUGGGAGGCUGACGAAGUUGUCUACUUGUGUUGAUUGUACCUGGUUACGUGAACGAAACACACUACACGUGAACUACGAACCGUACAUAUUUCUGUUGAACUGCGUUCGCUCUCAAGAGAGAAGCAAAGAGUCCUCAUCCGCGAUUGCAUUUGUAAUGCAAAAACACGACAUGUAUCAUUUAGUAUAUAACAUUUGGCAUACUCGUUCGAUCGUGAGCGAGAAUAAGGAUCUUUUCGUGUUGAGAAUGGUCCGAUACAACGUAGACGAAGAUUGGUCACCGUGGAACUGUAUCCUGUUAACUGAAGAGGAGGCUGAAGUUCAUUGCAAGAUUAAAGAUCUCUCUUCUAUGUACUCGAAGCAUCUACUCGAGCGAGUUCUAUUGUACCAUCAAUUGGCGAAGAAUCAGUUCAAGUCCUUGAAGCAAUUUGAAGAAGAAUAUCGGGAAACGUUUCAUAGCAUUGAGAAGAAACUGGUGUAUGAACCGGCGGUCAAAGUGGACGAUUAUCAAUUUACGUGAAAUAUUUUGGAUUCUUUCUUUUGAGAUCUGAGUAAUAAAUUAAGAAAAUAAAAGGCUGUACUUUGAAAAUAACUUGCAGAAUCUCUUGCAUCAAAUAAACAAAUUGAGUACUGAUAUCUCAUGAAAUGAA